AUGGGGUCCAUGACGCCCCAAACCCUCCUCCUGCUGCUUGCGGGGGCCCUGGCCCUGACCCAUACCGAGCAGCGUUCCCAUUCCCUGAUGUAUUUCAUCACCGGAGUGUCCCGGCCCGAACUCGGGGAGCCCCAUGUCACGGCCGUGGGCUACGUGGACGACACGCAGUUGGGGCGCUUCGACAGCGACGCUGAGAACCCGAAGGCAGAACUGCAGGCGUCAUGGAUGCAGAAGGUGGAACAGGAGUACGUGGACAGGCACACAUGGCACGGAAAAGAGCAAACACACUUGAACCAUGUGUACCUGAACAACCUGCGCAGCUACUACAACCAAAGCGAGGACGGUUCUCACACACUCCAGAAGAUGUACGGCUGCGAAGUCGGGGCAGAUGGGCGCCUCCUCCUCGGGUACUGGCAGUGGGCCUAUGAUGGCGCUGACUACAUCGCCCUGAAUGAGGACCUGCGCACCUGGACUGCAGCUGAUACAGCAGCUCAGAUUACCCAGCGCAAGUGGGAAGUGACAGGUGAAGCUGAAAGAUACAGAUCUUAUCUGGAGGAGGAGUGCAUGAAGUCGCUGCACAGAUUCCUGGAGUUAGGGCAGGAGAUCCUUCAGCGUUCAGACCCACCCACAGCACAUGUGACUCACCACCCAGUCUCUGACCAGAAGGCCACCCUGAGGUGCUGGGCCCUGGGCUUCUACCCCAAGGACAUCACACUCACCUGGCAGCGCGACUGGGAGGACCUGACCCAGGACAUGGAGCUGGUGGAGACGAGGCCUACAGGGGAUGGAACCUUCCAGAAGUGGGCAGCUGUGCUGGUGCCUUCUGGAGAGGAGCAGAGAUACACGUGCCACAUGGAGCAUGAGGGGCUGUCUGAGCCCCUUACUGUGAGAUGGGAGCCUCCUCGGCCCACUGGGCCCAUGUGGGGAGUCAUCGCUGGCCUGGUCCUCCUGGCAGCUGUGCUCAUUGGAGCUGUGGUCACUGCUGUGAUGAUGAUGAUUAGGAGGAAGAGCUCAGGUGGGAAUGGGGGGAGCUACAUCAAGGCUGCAAGUAAUGACACCGCAGGGCUGGUAGUGACCAUGACAGGGACUAAAGGGAAAUGUCUGUGCUGCUGUGCUGGGCAGGACUAG